AUGGCGUUUGUUAGUUCGGUAACUCUUUCGUACUGGCGUUGUGCCUUCUUGUUGACGAUUGCCUUCUUGUUGAUCAAAAGCCCGGAAACCAUCAUCUACAACACAUAUAUACUAUUCUUUGCCCAUGUCUUUAACAAUGUGGUCGCUGACACUUUAGCGGAAACAAAGAAUCUACCAGUGGUCGGGAUAAUUGGCUCGCUACUCGCUCUCAAUGCGCUCUCUGAUCUCGUGGCGAUCUUUUCUAUUUCAAACCUUUUCAGCAGACCGCCAAUUCUUGAUGCCAAAAACAUGAGAGAUAUUCAUGAAAAUGAAAUUGCGAAAUCGAGAGUCGACAACAAGGAAUUGUAUUUCACUUAUUUCGAAAACUUGGUCCCUCUUAGAUUGCUUUUCUUCUUUGCCUUGACCGGGUACAGUUAUAUUUCAGAAAAUCCUCUAGUGGCCAAUAAUUUAGUGAGUACCUAUGGAUUCAUUGAAAUUUGGUUCAACUUUGUCAUUUUCAAUAAUUUGAGGGAGGAAAAGGUGAAAAGAUACAAGUCCGGGUAUUUCAACAUGAAUGACAUGCUUGACCGUGACGAUGAUUAUUCAGAUGAGGAUGAAGUAGAUGAAACUGCUGAACAAGAAGUGGAAGAAGAAGCACAAGAACAGUGA